GGCCGUUGUUUCUGGUUCCAGCUGGAGCUCCGGAUCUCGUUUUCACUGCUCUGUGUCCUCAGCCUCUGUGGCCCUGUGACCUGUAGGUACUUGGAGAUCCACAGCUAGGACGCCAGGACCCCCUGGAAGCCUAGAAAUGGGAUCAUUGACAUUUAGGGAUGUGACCAUAGAAUUCUCUCUGGAGGAGUGGCAAUACCUGGACACGGCUCAGCAGAAUUUAUAUAGGGAUGUUAUGUUAGAGAACUACAGAAACAUGGUCUUCCUGGGUAUCGCUGUCUCUAAGCUAGACUUGAUAACUUGUCUGAAGCAAGGGAAAGAGCCUUGGAAUAUGAAGAGACAUGAGAUGGUAACUAAACCCCCAGUUAUUAGUUCUCAUUUUACACAAGACUUUUGGCCAGAUCAGAGCAUAAAAGAUUCUUUCCAAGAAGUAAUAUUGAGAACAUAUGCAAGAUGUGGACAUAAGAAUUUACGAUUAAGAAAAGAUUGUGAAAGUGUCAAUGAGGGUAAAAUGCUCGAAGAAGGUUAUAAUAAACUUAACCAAUGUUGGACAACUACCCAGGGAAAAAUAUUUCAGUGUAACAAAUAUAUGAAAGUCUUUCAUAAAUACUCAAAUUCAAAUAGACAUAAGAUUAGACACACUAAAAAGAAAACUUUCAAAUGUAUGAAAUGUAGCAAAUCAUAUUUCAUACUUUCAUACUUAAUUCAACAUAAGAAAAUUCAUACUAGAGAGAAUAUCUACAAAUGUGAAGAACGUGGCAAAGCCUUUAAAUGGUUCUCAACCCUUAUUAAACAUAAGAUAAUUCAUACUGAGGACAAACCCUACAAAUAUAAGAAAUGUGGCAAAGCUUUUAACUUCUCUUCAAUGUUCACUAAACAUAAGAUAAUUCAUACUGGAAAGAAACCCUGCAAGUGUGAAGAAUGUGGCAAAGUUUUUAACAAUUCCUCAACCCUUAUGAAACAUAAGAUAAUUCAUACUGGGAAGAAACUGUACAAAUGUGAAGAAUGUGGCAAAGCUUUUAAGCAAUCCUCACACUUUACUAGACAUAAGGCAAUUCAUACUGGAGAGAAGCCCUACAAAUGUGAAGAAUGUGGCAAAGCUUUUAACCAUUUCUCAGCCCUUAGAAAACAUCAGAUAAUUCAUACUGGAAAGCAACCCUACAAAUGUGAAGAAUGCGGCAAAGCUUUUAGCAAUUUUUCAGCCCUUAGAAAACAUGAGAUAAUUCAUACUGGAGAGAAACCCUACAAAUGUGAAGAAUGUGGUAAAGCUUUUAAGUGGUCCUCAAAACUUACUGUACAUAAGGUAAUUCAUACUGCAGAGAAACCCUGCAAAUGUGAAGAAUGUGGCAAAGCUUUUAAGCAUUUCUCAGCCCUUAGAAAACAUAAGAUAAUUCAUACUGGAAAGCAACUCUACAAAUGUGAAGAAUGUGGCAAAGCUUUUAGCAAUUUUUCAGCCCUUAGAAAACAUGAGAUAAUUCAUACUGGAGAGAAACCCUACAAAUGUGAAGAAUGUGGUAAAGCUUUUAAAUGGUCCUCAAAACUUACUGUACAUAAGGUAAUUCAUAUGGAAGAGAAACCCUGCAAAUGUGAAGAAUGUGGCAAAGCUUUUAAGCAUUUCUCAGCCCUUAGAAAACAUAAGAUAAUUCAUACUGGAAAGAAACCUUACAAAUGUGAAGAAUGUGGCAAAGCUUUUAACAAUUCCUCAGCCCUUAUGAAACAUAAGAUAAUUCAUACUGGGAAGAAACCCUACAAGUGUGAAGAAUGUGGCAAAGGUUUUAAGCAAUCUUCACAUCUUACUAGACAUAAAGCAAUUCAUACUGGGGAGAAACCCUACAAAUGUGAAGAAUGUGGCAAAGCUUUUAGCCAUUUCUCAGCCCUUAGAAAACAUAAGAUAAUUCAUACUGGAAAGAAACCCUACAAAUGUGAAGAAUGUGGCAAAGCUUUUAGCCAGUCCUCAACCCUUAGAAAACAUGAGAUAAUUCAUACUGGAGAGAAACCCUACAAAUGUGAAGAAUGUGGUAAAGCUUUUAAGUGGUCCUCACACCUUACUAGACAUAAAGCAAUUCAUACUAAAGAGAAACCCUACAAAUGUGAAGAAUGUGGCAAAGCUUUUAACCAUUUCUCAGCCCUUAGGAAACAUAAGAUAAUUCAUACUGGAAAGAAACCCUACAAAUGUGAAGAAUGUGGCAAAGCUUUUAGCCAGUCCUCAACCCUUAGAAAACAUGAGAUAAUUCAUACUGGAGAGAAACCCUACAAAUGUGAAGAAUGUGGUAAAGCUUUUAAGUGGUCAUCAAAACUUACUGUACAUAAGGUAAUUCAUACUGCAGAGAAACCCUGCAAAUGUGAAGAAUGUGGCAAAGCUUUUAAGCAUUUCUCAGCCCUUAGAAAACAUAAGAUAAUUCAUACUGGAAAGAAACCCUAUAAAUGUGAAGAAUGUGGCAAAGCUUUUAACAAUUCCUCAACCCUUAGAAAACAUGAGAUAAUUCAUACUGGAGAGAAACCCUACAAAUGUGAAGAAUGUGGUAAAGCUUUUCAGUGGUCCUCAAAACUUACUUUACAUAAGGUAAUUCAUACUGGAGAGAAACCCUGCAAAUGUGAAGAAUGUGGCAAAGCUUUUAAGCAUUUCUCAGCCCUCAGAAAACAUAAGAUAAUUCAUACUGGAAAGAAACCCUACAAAUGUGAAGAAUGUGGCAAAGCUUUUAACAAUUCCUCAACCCUUAUGAAACAUAAGAUAAUUCAUACUGGGAAGAAACCAUACAAAUGUGAAGAAUGUGGCAAAGCUUUUAAGCAAUCCUCACACCUUACUAGACAUAAAGCAGUUCAUACUGGGGAGAAACCCUACAAAUGUGGAGAAUGUGGAAAAGCUUUUAACAAUUCCUCAACCCUUAAGAAACAUAAAUUAAUUCAUACUAGGGAGAAAUCAUACAAAUGUGAAGAAUGUGGCAAAGCUUUUAACAAUUUCUCAGCCCUUAGGAAACAUAAGAUAAUUCAUACCGGGGAGAAACCAUACAAAUGUGAAGAAUGUGGUAAAGCUUUUAAGUGGUCCUCAAAACUUAGGGAACAUAAGGUAAUUCAUACUGUAGAGAAACCCUGCAAAUGUGAAGAAUGUGGCAAAGCUUUUAAGCAUUUCUCAGCCCUUAGAAAACAUAAGAUAAUUCAUACUGGAAAGAAACCCUACAAAUGUGAAGAAUGUGGCAAAGCUUUUAACAAUUCCUCAACCCUUAUGAAACAUAAGAUAAUUCAUACUGGGGAAAAACCGUACAAAUGUGAAGAAUGUGGCAAAGCUUUUAACAAUUUCUCGACCCUUAUGAAACAUAAGAUAAUUCAUACUGGGGAGAAACCCUACAAAUGUGAAGAAUGUGGCAAAGCUUUUAAGCAAUCCUCACACCUUACUAAACAUAAAGCAAUUCAUACUGGAGAGAAACCCUACAAAUGUGAAGAAUGUGGCAAAGCUUUUAGCCAUUUCUCACGCCUUACUAAACAUAGGAUAAUUCAUACUGGAAAGAAACCCUACAAAUGUGAAGAGUGUGGUAAAGCAUUUAGUCAGUCCUCAAACCUUACUAAACAUAAGAUAAUUCAUUCUGGAGAGAAACCGUACAAAUGUGAAGAAUGUGGCAAAGCCUUUAACCAGUCCUCACACCUUACUCGACAUAAAACAAUUCAUACUGGAGGGAAACCCUAUAAAUGUGAAGAAUGUGGCAAAGCUUUUAACCAUCUUUCAGCCCUUACUAAACAUAAGAUAAUUCAUACUGGGGAGAAACCCUAAAAAUGUGAAGAAUGUGUCAAAGCUUUCAACCAUUUUACAAACCUUAAUACACAUAAGAUAAUUUAUACUAGAGACAGACCCUCCAUAUGUGAAGAAUGUGGCAAAGCUUUUAACCAGUCCUCAAGCCUUAAUAGACAGAAAACAGUUCAUACUGGAGAGAAACCCUACAAAGGUAAAGAAUGUGGCAAAGCCUUUAAUCAGUCCUCACACCUUAAAUACACAUAAAAUAACUGAUACUGGAGGAAAACCCUACAAAUGUAAUAAAGGUGGCAAAGCUUUUAACCAUUGCUCAGCUGUUACUCAAAAUGAGAGAAUUCCUAAAGAAGAUAAACUCCACAAAUGUGUGUAAUAUGGCAAAGCUUUUAACUGGUCCUCAAAUCUUACUGACAUACUGAAGAGAAAGCCUUCAAAUCUGAGGAAUGUGGCGAAGCUUUUAAUCAGUCCUCAAAUCUUACUUAACAUAAGAUAAUUCAUACUAGAGACAAACACUACAAAUGUGAAGAAUGGGCAAAGCUUUUAACCAGUCCUCAAACUUUACUCAACAUAAAAUAAUUUAUCCUGGAGAGGAACACUACAAAUGCAAAGAAUUUGGCAAAACUUUUAACUGCUUCUCAAAACUUACUGAACAUAAGAUAAUUCAUACUGGAGAGAUACUUUACAAAUGUGCAGAAUAUGGCAAAGCUUCUAACGGGUUCUCAAAUCUUAAUAUAAGAUAAAUUAGAGAGAAACCCUCCACAUGUGAAGAGUGUGGCAAAGCUUUUAACUGGUCCUCAAACCUUACUGAACAUAAGAUAAUUCAUACUGAAUAGAAACCCUACAAAUAUAAAAAGUGUGGCAAAGCUUUUAACUGGUUCUCAGACCUUACUCAACAUAAGAUAGUUUAUACUGAAGACAAACUAGAAAUGUGAAGAAUGUGGCAAUGCUUUUAAUCAAUUCUCAAACUUUACUAGACAUAAGAAAAUUCAUACUGGAGAAAAACCCUACAAAUGUGAAGAAGGUGGCAAUGCUUUUAGCCAGUCCUCAACUCUUGCUAAACGAGAUAAUUCAAUGGGAGAGAAACCCUACAAAUGUGAAUAAUGCCAUAAGCAUUCUUCAAUUCUUUUUUUUUUUUUUUUUUGAAACAGAGUUUCGCUCUAGUUGCCCAGGCUGGAGUGCAGUGGCACGAUCUCGGCUCACCGCAACCUCGGCCUCCUGGGUUUUCAAGCGAUUCUCCUGCCUCAGCCUCCCGAGUAGCAGGGACUAUAGGCAUGUGCCACCACGCCUGGCUAAUUUUGUAUUUUUAGUAGAGAUGGGGUUUCUCCGUGUUGGUCAAGCUGGUCUCGAACUCCCAACCUCUGGUGAUCUGCCCUCCUCGGCCUCCCAAAGUGCUGGGAUUACAGGCAUGAGCCACUGUGCCCAGCCUAAUUCUUCAAUUCUUAAUAAGCAAUUUAUACUGAAGAGAAACCCUGCAAACAUGAAGAAUGUUGCAAAGCUUUUAACGUCCUCAAACCUUACUGAACAUAAGAUAAUUCAUAAUGGAAACUAGCCCUACAAAUAUGAAGAACGUGGCAAAGACUGUAACCAUUUCUCACAUCUUACCACACAUUAAGAUAAUUCAUACUGAAGAGAAACCCUACAGA